GAACAUGCCAGGUACUGUUUGUGUUGAAAUGGCAGUUACGAAAUGCAUUGCUUCCUCUCAGCACUAGAGAAGUAAAUCUGUCACAACAUAAUAUCUAUCAAGAAAGCGGCGCUAACUUCCUUUCUGUUGGUGUCACGUAGCCAUUUGUAGAAAAAAUAUGGAGCAGCCCAAAGUCCGGUUAUGAAUGAAGUUGUGGGAGUCAGCUCUUACCGCCUUCCUGGACUGCAUGACAGCUUGGAGAAGAGAAAAGCAACGCUGAGAAUGCAGAGCCUAGCUGCACAAGCCUCCAUUCAUCAGCAGUGACGCAGAAAUCCUUUCCUUGAUGAAACCUAAAGCUCAGUAUGAAACGUUAUCCACAUGUAAUAGGAAAAGGUCGCAUAGCUGGGUGAAGUCAGCUUCCCAAGCCGUUGACGUCUGGCGUGUUGUCGCCUAGAGCAACCAUUACAACACAAGCUCCUGUCGUGUUCACGUUCACAUAGAUCUGCAGGGAGGGAUUUCAAUCAUAAACGAACAACGAACUACAAGGACGGGAAGAAUAUCAUCUAUCUUCUUGUAUUGCUGCGUCGAGACAUUUCACAAGAAGGAAGACGAAUCAUAACAAGCAAGACAGAAGGGCCCAAGGGAGACGAUUAGCCAAAGACACAAAUAUUCAUGUCCCUUAGCUUUCCUGUACAACAUCAUUAAUGUACCACGGCUCUAAAAGUUAUGUUAUCUUAGUCCAACACCUGCAAAGAGCCAUAACAAGCCUAAGUAGUGGAUUGAUGGAGGAUGCUUCGGCUGUGUACAUUUUCAGCGGUAGAAGUCAAGAGUAACACCGCUUUUUAAAAGCUAUUUGAAUAACAAACCCUCUGGCAGAUGGAUUCUGUCUUUGAGUGAUCAGUCGUGACCACUUCUGAAAAACUACUUGCUUUUGAAAGCAAGGCGCUUCCUCCCUUAGGGCCAAAUUGAUGAAAAAAAUUCUCAAAGCUUUCAUCAUAUUUUGUCAGGUUGUGUGACAAGACUUGCGAAAUCUUAGUCCUCCAGAGAACUCGGCCCAGGCACACAGAAAUAAUCCUAAAAUCACUACUCAUUACAAAGCCAACUAUUGAAAGUCUCACACUUCCUGUCAUCUCCGUAUCAAAGAAGCAACGCCUGUUCAAUAAUGGCCACGACGGAAAACGGUACAAUCCCUCCAGGAAAUGUGACCAAUUUUGAAAUCCCAGGCACCAUUCUAAAACAGAGCAUACCAGUCAUUGUCAUUUUGGUCAUAUCAUACUUCGUAGUCUUCAUAUUAUGCGUGGUAGGCAAUAGUUUAGUUUGCUUUAUUGUGGCGAAGAUUCCUCGGAUGAGGACAGUGACGAACUACUUCAUCUUAAACCUGGCUGCAAGCGACAUCUUGGUAGCCGUCUUCUGCAUGCCAUUUACUCUUGUGGACAACAUCAUAAUCGGUGGGUUUUGCUAUCCAUUACCGUUUCAGGUUGGGUCAUAUCGUAGUUUCAUUCAAGCUCUGAUGGAGGUAGCUGAAGAAUACUACGCCAUAGUGUACCCAACCACGACCACGUUCACGGGCCGGAUCACACUCUACGUCACCGCUGGCGUUUGGAUGCUAUCCCUCCUCCUCAUGAUCCCACAGGUGUUGCUGAUUCGGGAAAAUGCUUGGGUGGAGAACGGUCAAGUCAUUCUGACGCUGUGCCAAGAAACCUCAGCCUUCUGGCGCAAGAUUUACACCACGGUUCUAUUCAUCUGCUGCUUCAUCAUUCCCCUGACGGUCAUCAUGUACCUGUACGCUCAAAUAGGGUUGGCAGUCUGGUUCAAACCGACGCCCGGUGGAGACAAGGCAACCGACGAGGCCAAGGCAGUUUCCCUACAGAGGAAGAUGAAGGUUAUUAAGAUGCUGCUCACGGUGGUGGUGCUGUUCGCGCUGUCGUGGCUUCCCAUCCAUGUCAUCACCAUGAUCAACGAUUACGGAUCACUGUCUCCUGAUCAGCUAGACGUCCUCUGGAUAUACGUGUAUCCAGCGUGUCAUUGGCUCAUCUACCUCAACAGUGCCAUCAAUCCCAUAAUCUACGGCUUUUUCAAUCAGAACUUUCGAGCGGCCUUCCGGACACUGAUGAUGAUGAGGGGAUUAAACGUGUCUAGCUUCCAGAGUCGGAUGGUGAGCCAGGGAACCGUUAUCAAGCGGUCAACUCGCAAAAGGCCUUUGAAAUCGACAACGGCUAAAAGUGCUGAUCAAGUCUCACCGGAAGCUGUCUGACUUUUCUUGGAAUGCUCUCUUAAAUUUUCUUGAAGCGUGUCAUUAUAUAUACAAAUGAUUCGUCUUUGGUGACUGUUUAGAUUGUGUAACUACACCCAGAGCACUGUUCAAAUAAUAACGUAUAUCAACUGAAUGACUGGUCUAACACAAAGUGAACUUUACUUUUCUAUACGGUUAGAAUUACAAAGUGUACAGAGUCCGGUUAAAUAUUCCAACUUCAACUUAACCUGUGUGUAUUCAUGUAAAUUUGCGAAAAACGCGUAGGGGCUUUUGGGAUUUACACAUUUGAUAACAUUGAAAUGAAGGUCAACGGACAAUACCUUUUUACUUAUUACGUGUAUUUUAGUACUGUGAUUUUAUGCAAGAUCUUAUAGGUAAAAACUGUGAAAGGAAAUAUGAACUCUCAACCCUCAAUCUCAAUUUGGACAGCGUCUUACAGUGGACAUAACUGUACGUUGACUCAACUGCAUAAUCCUUUGACAGUUGAACCAAAUAUAUUCCUAGCGCUAGCCAUGGAUGAGAUGUGAAGAAAACUCUGCUUCAUUCGCACGGUCCCUUUGUUAUCAAUAUGUAAAUACAUGAUAUUGCGAAUAUAUGUAAUUUUCGUAGUAUAAUUUGUCUGUGUAAAUUAUAGAUCUAUCAGAUGUGUAAAACUCUGAAGAGUAACCACUGUAUCACUAUACGUAGAAAACACAUGGAACACAACACCGUACCCAAUACAAAGACAGUUUUAAGAUACUUCAUUAAGAAGAUAAGAGCAACAAUGCUGUAAUAGAUAUCAACAUAAAACCUAUAGCAACGACGGGAACUUUCUUGAGCUCGUGCGAACAUACAAUUGGCAUAUGCACAUUGUGAUAUAGAUACUGGGAUAUACAUACUGAAACAUAUAUACUGAAUGAUACAUAGUACAAUAUUCAUACUGAAACAUACAUACUGGAAUAUAAUACUAGAAUAUGCAAACUGGAUCAUAUAUACUUGUAGAAUUACUUGUGAUUUUAAAAUACUAUGUGCUUAAGAUUGUUUAAACAAUAGAAGCUAUAUUUUGUAAAUUGUUUGUCAUUUGUUCAAAGUAUUGUUUGUUUUUAGUCUGUGGCUGCUAUGUACUUUUCAUGGCCUAUCAAGUCGAUGAUGAUGAACGUUUCAUUGAUUUAUUGGUUCAUUGAUACAUAGUGAAUAUAUACACUGGAAUAUACCUGUACAUAUCAGUAUACACUCGAAUACAAUCAUAUUGACAAAUUCGGAACAACUUAACCACCCAACUACUUGUUGUACUUUUGUUUUCUGUUAAUGUCUAACCAAUGCAAUAUUCUUGUAUUAGCAGUCAUACAGAUUCUUUGCUGUAAUAUCGCACAUUGAUAUAAGAAAAUAUGUAUUCCGUCAAUAUCAAGCAGUGCCGAGCAUUCAAAAAUACUUGUAAGUAGUCACUUGUAACACAUUUUACGUCAAGUGUUGAAUAAUAUUUAUAAAAGUA